AUGACACUUGUGUGGCGACUCUUCCGCCGACCGGCUUAUCUUUCUUCAAGUAGUGCAUUUACCCUACAGCGGCAACAGUAUGCAUACCCCAUGACCAUACUAGCUCGACAAGGAAGCGGUGCUACAGAAAAGCGAGCUGCUGAUAAAAAGACUACUCUUCCUCCCAUUAUUCCUCCGAAAAUUUCGCCAAUUGAACCGAAGUAUUCGCAAUGCAAAGAAGAUGAUACAGCAAGCACAGCAAGUUGGUCCAAAUGGCCACCAACUAAAACAGAUACGAAAAAGGCGUCUACCCAGCGGUUGUCUCGAGAGAACGUCGAAAGCUAUAUGUUCAAGCAUUUCUUUGACUAUAUCAAGAACUAUGAAAAAUUAUUGGAAAAGAACUUUCCAUCGGCCAUGAAAGUAUACCGCACAUAUGUGGAUGGUGUAAUGGAUUUUUACAAUGACAUGAAAGCAUAUCUCAAAAUUGUGCGUAUUGUAAAUAAUUCUUCAAUGGGACUAAAAGCACUGAAUCGCAAAGAACUUGAACUGUACAUGCAGAUGCCACGCGAUAUGAUGAAAGUUGCACCAUCCCUAUUUUUUGUCGCUCUGCCGGUUGUCGGAUACGUGGCAAUGCCGCUGAUCUUCGCGUUUCCACAGCAAUGCCUCUGCUCGCAUUUCUGGACACUUCAACAGCGUGCAGAAUUUCAGCAAGCAGCGUUAAAGAAACGCCUUAAAAAUAAUAAGCCAGUUUUGAGAAUACUACAAUCGAAACUGAAAAAUGCAAAGAAACAUGAAAAUCAUGAAGAACUACAACAAGUACUGGGCAUGUUGGGGAGUGGUUUUCAUCCCAAUGUGGAAUUGUUGCUAAAUGUCAAAGACAUUUUUUCAGAACCUCCAUACGACUUAUACUCUCUAAGUGGGAAGCACCUUAAUCUGCUGUGUCAAUUACAUGGCGUGCCAACGCUUUUAUUUAAGACUUAUCAUUUAUGGGAGCAUGCAUUUCUGGUGCAUAACAUGGAUCAAGCUAUUUUAAGAGAGGGACACGUUCAUAACAUGCAUCCAGAUGACAUACGUCGCUCCUGUUACAUUCGUGGCCUCAACCCUAUCAAUCUUAGUACUGAAGAAAUGACAACAUGGCUUCGUAAUUGGAUCAAAAUUUCUACUUCGUUAGAGGAACAACACAUUAGCAUGUUUCUGUACCUGCCAGUGCUACUAGGAUAUAAUCAUCCAAAUAAUUGGCACUUAAUUUACGACGAUAGUUAGAGGAAUAGGAUAUAUUCCUUGUAUUCUUGUGGGCUAACACUACUACAAAGUGUCAAAGAAAGGAUAUAGGUCAUAAGUCUUCUCAAACUACCAGACAAGCUUUCUAAUCAUCUUACGUUAUUUAUUUCCUUUUCGUUUACCUUUAUAAAUGCAUUCGUAUCCGCAACGAAUGUUUGAUUGUACAUAUUAGUCACAUUUUCUUCGAUUCAACUAAAAAUUAUGUUCAGCUCUUCACAUCCUUUAAUAAAUACAAUUACUGCACAAUUGA